AUGGAAAAUGAUGAGUAUUAUGAUAAAUUUCCGGCAACACAAAUGGUAAGUAUUUUCAAAGAUUCCGUAAAAUAGAACUUGAAAUAAAAAUAAUUCCAGUUCGAUAAAAUAGUUUGGCAUUUCCGAUCAAAUAUGCCGUUGAAAACAAAUCAAAAAUAUAUCGUAACAAGUGUGAAGAACAGUUUUUCUGGAAAAGACGCAGUGGAUUUUUUGACUGAAGAGAUGCCAAAAAUCGUUCCCGAUAAACCAACAAACCGCUCAAAUAUCAAAAAGUUGGUUGAAAUGAUGUAUGAUUCGAAAAUUAUAAUUGAACCUAUGUCAAUGAAAAGUCAAGAAGUUAUUGAAUCAUGUAAAGGAUUCCGUGAGAAUCGAAUUUAUAUAUUUGGAAAAACAUUAGAAGAACUUCGACAACCAACGAAGCGAUCAAGAAGAUCUGCUUCAUUCAACGGUGUUCGAAAGAGGUUUUGAAAUAGUUUUUUUUUUUCAAAUUAUGAUAAAUGUUUUCUUUUCAGCAUUCAAACAACCCAAGACAACACCAAAAAAUCGCCUGUCGCACCUCAAGAAAUUCGGAAAAUAAGAAGACUGUCAAGAUCGAAUGGAAAUUUGGCGAAAUUGGAAUCAUCGAUUGGUCACGAAAACAAAGGUUUUGAUGAGAAUUUAUCCGAUCCCUUGAAUAUUCGAGAUAUAGAUUUCAAUAAAAAAGAGCCGCUUUAUGAGAAAAAAGACAAAAAUUAUGAUUGGUUGCCGUUUUUCAAAUCGAAACGUUUUCAAACGAAACAAGAACAGAAGGUUCCGAAAAGAUCAGUUUCUCUUGAUAGAAAUCAUGUGAAUUUGUUGGGAUCUCCAAGUAAAGCAUUAUCACCUAUUCCGAAAGCAUCAGAUGAUUGUGUUGUUGUUCUUCAUCCAACCGGAGAAGUUCCAAAAUUAUCGAAAAAUAUUUCAAGAAGUAAAUUAUAUGAAUCAAUUGCUCGAAGACAACAAACUCCAACACAACAAUCAGUUCCAUCUUCAUCUUUGUACUGUUCUUCAAGAGAUACUCGAAUUAUAUGGAGAAGUGAAUUGAUUAAAAGUUUAACCGGUUUGAUGUCGAAACCACCGCCAACUGAAUUGACACAUAAUAUUGAUGGAAAUGAAGUAGAAUAUAAUUCAAAUCCAAACAAUUAUGAUAUUGAUGGAGUUGUGAAAUCAAGAACAACUGGAAUGACUUUAGAAUAUCCAACAAUUGUUGUACAAUUUAUGGAAUUUCUUGGAAGAUAUCCGUUUUCGAAGAAAAAUGAAAUUGUCAGUGAACAAAAUGUUUGUAAAAUUUUUGCAACAUUGGUCAAUAGACUUGGUGAUUUGAAUGCUCCAUUAUAUCCGUAUGAAGCUGCAUAUCUGGUUGAUAUUUUGACAAAACAUGAACAUUUUGCAGGUAAAUUUUCAAAUUUUUAACAAUUCAUUUUCCGAAAAUAAUAUUUCUAGAACUUCUGGAAAUGAAUAGAACAAGACAGUGGAAUGCACAACAACCAAUUCGAAAUAUGCAUGGAGAAGAAUAUGAUGGAUUUUCAAAGGAAUUGCCAGUUUGUGGAGUGCGUGCAUCUAUGCAUCGAAGAAAAACAAUAUCACCAGCUGAACUACAUUCUGGUUCAUUAUCUUCAUCUUCUUCAUCCAUCCAAGGUAAUUUUUCAUUUUGUGUUUUCUCCACCUUUUUGGUUAAAAUCAUGAUGUGAGAAUAUUGAGACGUGAACUUAUUUUUCGAUUUCAUACGUGUGAUACUAAGUAUCAGAUAUCUUCAUUUCACCUAUUUCCAGAUGAAAGCACAUAUAAAAUUCGAGAAUCUUGGUUAAUCAGUGCAAUUCAAUUAGUUAUACUUACAAUUCCAACAGCAAGACGGAGAAAAUUGCAUAAAUUUAUUAUGUUUAUGAGAUCAAUUUCAACAAAUGAAGUACUCGAAUUGGCUGAUAUUUCAAAUGGAUUUAGCAAUAAUUGGGAAGCGACUGUUUGUGGAUUAUGGAUUGGAAUAUGUGGUGGAUUCAAAAAACAACAAGGAAUAUUUGUUUCGGCAGUUCUUCUUGCUAAUUACCGUGUUAUAUUUGCUCCACAUGAUGAUUUUUAUUGUAAUGUAAAGUCAAUAAUUCCAUCAGAGAAAAAUGAAAUUGGAAGAUAUUCAAAAGUUGAAAGAGGUCGGAAAAUGACACGAAAUAAAGAUGAUCCGAUUUAUGGAACACUUAAUGCAACUCCUGGGACCAACAAGAAAAAUGAACAACCUCGAUCGUUUUUAAAUCGACUACUAAAAAGAUCAUAG